AUGCCCACUGUGAAAGAAAUAUUUCAGCAAUAUCCCGGAGUAAAGAUUAAGUUGGUAGGAGUAAAAGAUUUAAAAGACAAAUUGGUUAAUGAACGGCCUAUGACUUUGGAGGAUGUGAAAAAUGUAGCGAUAUUAGCGGGUGAAUACCCUGAUUUCUAUACCGAAGAGGAAUGGCGACAAAAAAUUAAGGAGUUAGAUAAGAUUGGGUUGUUGGAAACUUUUUGCCCUCGUCUUUUUUAUCAGGAUUGUAAACAUAUUCACCAGUAA